CCGGCGACACGUCCCUUCAGCACACGGCUGAUCCGGCACAUACAUUUUUAUGAAUUUAAUUUCCCCCUGAUAAUAUUUUGUGGAGAUGUUGUUAAUGUGACAAAACUGUGAACAGCCGAGCUCCAGUUUUAAAUAGUAGUUAACCCGCGGCACUUUAGACAACGCCCGAGCUUCAGAUGGGGGAGGUGAGGCUGCAGAAGAAGUUGAGACAGAUUGAAAAUCUGGAAAUAAAAAUCAGUCUGACUCCAGAGGAGAGAUUCAAGGUUGUUCCAGUUGCGUCAGAUUACCUGUUUCCAUUUUACCCUGUCUUCUACAUCUUCAUCUGUCACACCAACCAGCUGCAUCUUCUCUUUGAUCUUCGCCCCUUUCUCCUGCCUGGCAGCUGUAUCUCCACCAUCCUUCUACCAUUAUCUCCAGGAAGGAGGAGCUGCGCUCCAGAUUGGCUGAGCUUCAGCUGCAGCUUUCUGGCCCACAGCAAACUCCUGGGAUUCUGGGAGACGGAAAAAAGGAGAAGAUGAAAAGACAAGUAGGGGAUCCCUCCGAAGCGCCUCCAUCACAAAUGUCUCCAGCCUCCAAGAUUCAUAGGGGAGAAAAUGAGACCAAAGCUCAGAAUACGCCAGGGUCACCUGCCAGGCAGAGGCAAGCCAGAGCGGAUGCAGCAGAGAUGGACAGAGCCCAGGACGGGGCUAAACCGGGCAAGGUGUCACAGCGCAGCAGAGAUGUGUCAGGGAGCUGUCCACAGCAGCAACUGCAACAGGAAGAAGCUGAGUUUACAUCCCUCAAAGCAUCUUGGGAGAAGGCAAGGUUUCGCUUGAGACUCUUGGACGGUCACAAUGACAUCAUCACCAGCGUGGUUGCUGUUGACAACCUGGUGGUUUCUGGAAGUCGAGAUACAACGGUGAAGGUGUGGCAUGUUCCCACGGCAACAGAGCAAAAGAACCUGGGGGGUCACACCGGCGGAGUCACCUGUCUGUCUGCGCCUCCCCCUGAGUACUGCAAGAGGCUGGCCGGGUCCCUGUCCUUGUCUGACAAAGAGAGGUUUAUUUUGAGCGGCUCUGCAGACUGCUCUGUGAAGAUCUGGGCCCUGAGCACCGGGCAGUGUGUUAAGUCUGUCUACACAUUCAAUGCCGUGACGGCGCUCUGCUUCGUGCCGGAAGGGGAUGGAUACAUCAUUACCGGAUCAGACGGGGGAAAGGUUCAGGCCUGGAGCUGGCACAGCUUCCAGAACUGCCAGUCAGUCAACGCGCACCAGGAAGCAGUCACCUCCAUUCAGUCUCAGGGUCCGCUGGUGUUCAGCGGCUCGGCUGAAGGAGGGGUGUCUGUGUGGGAGAACCGAUGUUCGGAUCGUGACCCCCUGAAGCUGCUGCACCACUGGAGUGGCCAGGUGACGGACUUAGGCGGGGGGGCAGACGGCCGUCUGACCCUCAGCCCGCGGGGGGACAGAGUGUUCUUGGCUUACGGACGAGCGUGGCUCAAAAUCCUGCACUGGAGGACAGGAAUGAUGUCCAAGUUGACCAAUCACAGCAGUAUCACUGGGGUAACAGAUUGUGUGCACCAGACUGGAGGCCUCCUAAUUGGCUCCAGCUAUGACCUGGCGAGUGCAGAGAGCGCGCUUAAUUUGUUCUCUCUGCCUCAGUGCCGGUAUCUGGCCUCCUUGACCUGGCCAAAUGCUCCCAGAAUCCUCUGCUUUGCUGCGUGGACUACCGGGAGCGGAGACCAUCGCUGGGUCACCGGAGGUCGGGACCUCAUCGUUUGGGAGCAGCUCCCCAGUUCUGGGAAGCAGAGGGGGGACGUCACCGUAAAGAGAGACGCUCUGAUGGACUCGGGUUUUCUGGAGUCAGAGAGUGACACAGAGGAUGACGAGGAGACCGACGAUUAUGAAGAUGAUGACGAACGAGAAGACAGCCGGCGCGACAGUGACAAGGAUGGAGGGUCCGGCUCGUGGCUGCGCUGCCUUCUUCAGUGAGCGGCGGUCUCUGGAGCCAGCGAUCCCACUGCCCGCAGUUACGAAGAGGAAACGAGAGGGUGGGAGCGUGGGGACAGAAAAGGGGUGUGAAGUGACAGGCUGUUAGUGUGGGAGAGGGAGCAUAUGGACGAAGAGUGUGUGUGAUGGGCAGAUUGUUUUCUAUGUAAAUAU